AUGCCACUAAUUAUUACAGGAACGACGACAAUUGCAAUUAGCGGAAUGGUUUUAUUAUAUGUCGAUAUGUUACAAUGUGAUAUGAUUUAUCCGUCUAAUUGGCCAAACGGAUCGAGAAGAUUUAUACAAAAACCAUCUGAAUAUGGAAUUCCGUAUUCAGAGGUUACGAUGGUUACGGAAGAUAGUGUCCGUUUAAGGGCAUUUAUAUGUAAAAGACCGAUAGAUAGAGAAGCUAGAAAAAGACCCACGAUUUUAAUGUUUCAUGGUAACGGAGGAAAUAUGGGUCAUCGAUUACCGAUUGCAGAAAGAUUCUAUAAUGAAUUUAAAUGUAAUGUGGUACUAUUAUCUUAUAGAGGGUAUGGACGUAGCGAAGGAACACCCACGGAAAAAGGAUUACGCAUAGACGCACAGACGGCAUUAAAUUAUGUGUUGAAACAUGAAAUAUUUAAAGAUACUAAAAUUGUAGUUUAUGGACAAUCAUUGGGUGGCGCUGUAGCUAUUGACUUGGUUUCAAAAAACGAAUCAAAGGUUAACGCAUUGAUAAUUGAAAACACAUUUCUUAGUAUACCGAAAUUGGUUCCACAUAUACUACCACUACUACAAUAUUUAACAUUUAUGUGUUCACAAAUUUGGCCAUCCGAAAAAUUGAUAAAAAAGAUUAAGUUUAUACCAAUAUUACUUUUAUCCGGGACAAGAGAUGAAGUUAUACCACAACAACAUAUGAAAAAAUUAUUUGAAUUAUCCCAACCAGUGGCGGUAAAGAAUGGAGAGAAUUUUUAUAUGGUAGUCAUAAUGAGACCAUUUUUCAACCCGGUUACUUUCAAUUUGUUGAUAGAUACGAUGACAACGAGAAUUUACGCAAGAACAGCCAUUCCAUUGUUAAUCAUAGGAGGUACUAUAGUUAGUGGAAUUACUAUAUUAUAUUCUGUUCAACGUAAUUCAAUUUAUACAUCGAAUUCUCCCGAAGGCUCAAGAAAGCAUGUACCAAAACCUUCUGAAUAUGGUAUUCCUUAUUCUCCUGUUAUUUUAAAGACAAAAGAUAAUGUUAAUAUUCGGGCUUACGUUUGUAAAAGGCAUACUGACGACGAAGCAAGUUCUCGUCCUACUAUUUUAAUGUUCCACGGAAAUGGAGGAAAUAUGGGUCAUCGAUUACCUAUAGCUGAAAGAUUUUUCAAAGAUUUUAAAUGUAAUGUUGUGAUGGUUUCUUACAGAGGAUAUGGUCGUAGCGAAGGGACUCCUACCGAGAAGGGACUUUGCUUGGAUGCUCAGGCCGCUUUAGAAUAUAUAAAACGAGAUGAAAUUUUAAGAUGUACCAAAUUAAUAGUAUAUGGACAAUCACUUGGAGGGGCUGUAGCAAUUGAUUUGGUAGCGAGAAAUGAAGGAAGUAUUAACAUAUUAAUCUUGGAGAAUACAUUCCUCAACAUGCAAAAAAUUCUUCCAGAAAUAUUUCCAAAAAUUAAAUUUCUCUGUUCAGAUGUUUGGCCAUCAGAGCAAAAUAUAAAAAAAAUUAAAACAAUCCCAAUAUUAUUUUUAUCAGGCAAAAAAGAUGAAAUCAUACCACCAUUUCAUAUGCGAAAGUUAUUUGAAUUAUCUCAAACUAGUGGUGGUAAAGAAUUUAUUGAAUUUAAUGAAGGUAGUCAUUUAGAUACGGUUCAACAACCGAAUUACUUUCAGCAUGUUAGCACGUUUCUUCAGAAACAUAUCGUUGCUUGGAAAGUACGUUAA